ACAGCCGAGUCGAGACCACAAAUCCACCAAACAAAUACACAACAAAAUGGCCAAAUUGCUCCUGCUGGUUGUUGUUGGCCUUAUGGCAGCCCUGUCGGCCGAUCAGGCGCAGGGCGCCAAUGCUGCGCCGCAGCUGCAGCGCCUAAUUGCCGAGGAGCAGAGCAAAUGCGCUACGGGCCAAGAUUCGAUGGCGUGCAUCAAAGAGCGCGCCAUGCGCUUUGUGGACAAUGUGCUCAGCAAAGAUAGCUACACGCUGGCCAAUCUGGAGGUGAGCAGCAAUGGCCAAAAAGUGGCCGCCAUUAGCGAGGCACGCGCCAGCACCAGCGACGGCUUCCUGGAUGCCAUUGAGAACUAUAUGCGUGGACACGAUGUGAGCAUGAAUCUGCCCGUGGCCGAUGCCAAGAUCACCGUCUCGGCCCGCAAUCUGGCCAACGAUGAGCUGAGCUUGAACCUGCAGCUAAACAACGCCGUUGAUGAUGCGUCCGAUAUCGAAGCCAGGGGUAAGAAGGGCAACAUCUUCAAGAAGGGCAAGAAGCAUCGUCUACGCAAGCUGGCCAUGCCCAUACUGGUGCUCAUUCUGCUGAAGGCCAUCACCGUCAUACCCAUGGCCAUUGGCAUACUGAAGAUCAAGGCAUUCAAUGCGCUCGCGCUCGGCUUCUUCUCGUUCAUUGUCUCGGUUGGUUUGGCCAUUUUCCAAUUGUGCAAAAAGAUUGCCCAUGAUCACCAUCAUACCGCCCACAUCACCGCCCACGGGCCGUGGGAUGGUCGCAACUUUGGAGGCGCCGCGCCCGUCAUGGAGCAGCCGCAGCAUUUGGCCCAGGAGCUGGCCUAUCCGGCGUAUGCCUAGGGGCCGGCGAGCGUAUUCCCCAAAAGCCGAAAGCUGAAGCCACAAAACGGGCCACGAAAAUUGUUGUUAAUUUGUUAAAAAUUUUCCCAUUUGUUUUUGUGACUUGAUUUGGCGAAAACUGAGCGCGAGGCUGCGCCGCAUCCCUAAGACCCUAUUUAUAAUAACUAUUUAUUUAUUUAUUGAAAAACACAAAUAGUAAGAAACA